GUCUGUCUAAGCUGAUGGAGGCCAGUGAGUCUGUUGCUAAACUCUCUAAGGAGUUAGCCAUUAAGGAGAAGGAACUAGCUGUGGCGUCUGUUAAGGCAGAUGAGGUGCUAGCAGAAGUCACAGUAAGUGCUGAAGCUGCAUCUCAAGUAAAAAAUGAAGUCCAAGGUGUGAAAGAUAAAGCACAAAAAAUUGUGGAGGAAAUUGAUGUAGAAAAAGUGAAAGCAGAGACUACAUUGGAGGCUGCUAGACCAGCAUUAGAAGAAGCAGAAGCUGCACUGAAUACCAUCAAACCAGCAGAUAUUGCUACUGUUAGAAAACUUGCAAAACCUCCUCACCUAAUUAUGAGGGUCAUGGACUGCUGUCUGCUACUAUUCCAAAAGCCAGUAGAUCCAGUUACCAUGGAUCCAGAAAAGCCUUGCUGCAAGCCAUCAUGGGGAGAAUCAUUAAAAUUUAUGAGUGGCCCAUUCUUGCAGAGUCUACAGCAGUUUACUAAGGAUUCAAUGAAUGAAGAGACAAUAGAAUUACUCCAGCCUUACUUUAACAUGGAAGACUAUACACUAGAGCAUGGUAAAAAGGUGUGUGGUAAUGUGGCAGGACUUCUCUCUUGGACACAAGCCAUGGCAAGAUUUUAUGCUGUUAACAAAGAAGUCUUACCUCUUAAGGCUAACUUGGCAAAACAGGAAGGCCGCUUGAAGGUAGCUAAUGCGGAAUUAGCAGAGGCUCAGGCGGUUUUAGAUGAAAAACAAGCUGAAUUGGAUAAAGUGCAAGCAAAGUUUGAUGCAGCAAUGAAGGAGAAAAUGGACUUGCUGAAUGAUGCAGAAACAUGUAGAAGAAAGAUGCAAGCAGCCUCUACACUUAUAGAUGGACUAAGUGGAGAGAGAGUUAGGUGGACUCAGCAAAGUAAAGAAUUUAAAUCUCAAAUUAACAGACUUGUGGGAGAUGUACUGCUCUGCACAGGUUUUCUUUCGUACUGUGGACCUUUUAAUCAAAACUUCAGAGAUUUUUUGCUUAAAGAUUUAUGGGAAACUGAGAUGAGAGCCCAUAAAAUCCCCUUUACUGAAAAUUUGAACCUGAUUUCUAUGCUUGUAGAUCCGCCAACAAUUAGUGAGUGGAAUCUUCAAGGGCUGCCUGGAGAUGAUUUCUCAAUUCAGAAUGGUAUCAUUGUCACUAAAGCAGCUAGAUACCCACUUUUGGUAGACCCACAAUCUCAAGGAAAAACAUGGAUUAAAAAGAAAGAAGAGGAUAACGACUUACUGGUAACAACUUUGAAUGACAAGUAUUUCCGUACACACCUAGAAGAUAGUCUUUCACUGGGACGAUCACUCGUGAUUGAAAAUAUAGGUGAAGAGCUGGAUCCAGUCCUUGAUAAUAUAUUAGAAAAGAAUUUCAUGAAAUCUGGAACUUCUUUUAAGGUGAAAGUUGGUGAUAAGGAAGUAGAUAUUAUGAAUUCAUUUAGACUGUACAUUACUACAAAGCUACCCAAUCCUGCUUUCACACCUGAAAUUAAUGCAAAAACAUCUAUUAUUGAUUUUACUGUUACAAUGAAAGGACUUGAGAAUCAGUUACUCAGAAGAGUAGUCCUUACUGAAAAACAGGAACUAGAGGCAGAACGAAUUGCACUCAUGGAAGGUGUAACUUCAAAUAAGAGGAAGAUGAAAGAACUGGAAGACAAUCUCCUGUACAAACUAAGUGCAACCAAAGGUUCACUAGUUGAUGAUGAAUCCUUGAUUGGUGUUCUGCAAACAACUAAGCUAACAGCUGCUGAAGUAGCUGAAAAGUUGGCUGUGGCAGCAGAAACUGAAGUGAAGAUUAACACUGCUCAGGAGGAAUAUCGACCUGCUGCUACACGUGGAAGCAUUCUUUAUUUUCUUAUUACAGCAAUGAGCAUGGUCAAUAAUAUGUAUCAGACUUCACUGGCUCAGUUCUUGAAGUUAUUUGAUCAAUCCAUGGCCAAAUCUGGGAAGUCUCCUGUACCUCAGAAAAGAGUCUCGAAUAUUAUUGAGUAUCUUACCUUUGAAAUUCACUCAUAUUCUGUUAGAGGCUUGUAUAAAAAUCACAAAUUCCUCUUUACCCUUUUAAUGACAUUAAAAAUUGAUCUUGAGAGAGAAUAUGUGAAAACCAAAGAGUUCCAUACAUUCAUUAAAGGAGGUGCAGCACUGGAUCUACAGGCCUGCCCACCCAAACCAUUCCACUGGAUUCUUGACAUGACGUGGCUAAACCUAGUGGAAUUGAGCAAACUUCCACAGUUUGCAGAAAUUUUGGAUCAGAUAUCCUCUAAUGAGAAGCGGUGGAAAAGUUGGUUUGAUAAAGAUGCUCCUGAGGAAGAAAUUAUACCUGAUGGAUAUAACGAUUCACUUGAUACCUUCCGCAAGCUUUUACUCGUCAGGUCUUGGUGUCCAGAUCGAACCCUUUCCCAAGCCAGGAAAUAUAUUGCAAAUUCCUUGAAUGAGAAAUAUACAGAACCAUUCAUUUUGAGUUUAGAAAAAACAUGGGGAGAAAGUGACACACGGACACCUCUCAUCUGUUUCUUGUCUAUGGGAUCUGACCCAAGUAUGCAGAUUGAAUCCUUGGCUAGGAAGCUUAAAUUAGAAUGUGUGACCAUCUCUAUGGGUCAAGGACAAGAAGUUCAUGCACGCAAAUUCAUACAGAUGUCAGUGCAACAGGGAGGCUGGGUGUUGCUUCAGAAUUGUCAUCUUGGACUGGAUUUCAUGGAUGAACUACUGGAGACACUUCUUACUGUUGAGAUACAGAAUGAGACGUUUCGAGUUUGGAUAACUACUGAGCCACAUCCUAAAUUCCCAAUUGCGCUUCUACAGGUUUGUUUAAAUAUUUCAUUCCAGUACCUCAAGCCAUCAAAAUUAUUCAUAUUAAGUUUGCAAAUUGAAAUUAAAUAG